AUGGUCAAGGCUGUGAGCGUUCUCCGCGGUGACUCCAAGGUCUCCGGCACCGUCAUCUUCGAGCAGGAGUCCGAGUCUGCUCCCACCACCAUCACCUGGGACAUCACUGGUAACGAUCCCAACGCCAAACGAGGAUUCCACAUCCACACCUUCGGCGAUAACACCAACGGAUGCACUUCCGCUGGCCCUCACUUCAACCCUCACAAUAAGACCCAUGGUGCUCCCUCUGACGAGACUCGUCACGUUGGAGACCUCGGAAACCUGGAGACUGAUGGCCAGGGAAAUGCUAAGGGCUCUGUCACCGACUCCCUUGUCAAGCUGAUUGGCCCCCAUAGCAUCAUCGGCCGAACCGUCGUUAUCCACGCCGGCACCGACGACCUCGGCAAGGGCGAUAACGAGGAAUCCCUGAAGACUGGUAACGCUGGUCCCCGACCUGCUUGCGGUGUUAUCGGAAUCUCCAACUAA